CCUUCCCAUGAUUAUUAUUACUACCUACUACUAGCCCACACUAUUUACUGACCUACUCCUACUCCGUACUACAACCAUCUAUCUACCUUACCUUACCUUCUUCCUCCUUCCAACUCUCUCUCAACUUCAUUCAUCCCUCCUUCAACCUUCGCCUUCAUCCCUCUCCCCUUGGGGUAACCAGCUGGUAAGUUCCUUCAAUGUCCUGUCAUGUCGCAUGCACCUCCCUUUUAGCUCGUUGUCCGCACUUCCUUGACUCGGUCCGCCUGCAUUCUUCGUUUUAUUCUCCUAUCGACUAUCCCCACUCCCUGCUUCCCUUCCCCUUCCUUGCUGCCUGGAUCUCUUCACAUUCCAAUCCCCCCUCCUUCUCUUGGCCUGCCUGCCCUGCUUUUGAGUCCUUUCUUCGCUGUACAUGAAACAUUAACGUCCGCCGUAGUUCUUCAGAACCCUCGUCGCUCAAUUCCGAGCUUGUUUCCGGCUCGGACUGGACUUUCCCUCUUAUUAGCCGCCUGAAUUUCCUUUCCGGGAAAUACACCACGCUUCCACUCGGGACUUUCAGCUUCCCGUCAACCACCACCACCAGGCAGCGAAAUAAAUUAAACAUAAAAAUAUAGCUUGAGCAGGGAGAAGAUUGCUUUGCCACCUUCUCCUGCUCCAUUUGCAAUCACCAUUUCUCACAUCACGAAGCCGCCUCCUUUAGCGCUCAAACCCACCAUCCCUACGGGUACUUAUUCCGAUCAUCGCAGGUGGAUGGAGACGUAUCACGGUCAUGUCCGCACUCCUGCGGACGCUAUCAUCCUCUUUGAGGCCUGUCGCAUCGGCCUCCUCCCUCGCGUCCAGCGACGAUUGUCCGAAAAGGAACGCCAGAUGAUUCGUUCCGGCUCGGUCUUUGUCUGGGAUGAGCGAGAAGCGGGGAUGCGCCGUUGGACGGAUGGCAAGUCAUGGAGCGCUAGUCGAGUGUCGGGCAGUUUCCUCACUUACCGCGAGAUGGAAGGCAAGCGCGGGGGCACCAGCGUCUCGUCAACAACCAUCCCCAGAGCUGGAAAGACCCCCGAAAGCGCGCGGGGUAGUGACGACGAUCGGGCGGACGGGCCUGAUGAGGGCCCCGAUGGAUAUCGAUAUAAGCCUGACGGCCUCAUGAAGCAGUCUUUCAGUAUCACAACUUCGACGGGACAACAUCUGCACCUUAUCAGCUACUACUCCAGAUCGCAUCCGUCGGCAGCCAACCUCCAACAACCGUCUUCAGAUCCUAAUUUGCGUCACGUUCGUCCCCAAAAGGGUCUGUACCCCGAAUCGACCGUGAACGACCAGCAGAAUCUCCCAGUUGUCACUCGCGGGCCCAUGCAGGGAGCCGCCUACCCGGUACCUCCCCAUCCCAUGGGGGCUUAUGCGCGCGCAGCAGCCACCCACCCUCAACCCUAUACUCCCACAUACGCUUGGCCUCCCACUCCGCUGGCCACCCCGCCAACGGUCCCGGUGCAUUACCCGUCAUAUCUCCCUCCCGCGAGCAAUGGCCAGGUCGCCGCCGCCUACGGGCACCACCCCCAACAAGCGCAUGCGGGCCUGCCUCCACCGCCACCACAACAGCACGGGUUGCCGACACCGUACGAGCGAGCAGUUCACCCGGCGGAAGCCGUCGUGCCUCAGACCGUCCCCCAUACAGCAGUGCAGCAUGCUCCCCUACCUGUGAUCGCCGGCCGGUCACCGCGACUGGUUACGGAAGCGCAUGAUCUUCACCCGCGCAGCCCUCCAGAGUACGGGCCGGCCCCUGCUGACCUCCGACGGGCGUCGCCACGCACCCAUGCCCGCUCCAUUCCGCACACCAAUGGGUUGACCGCCAUGACACGGAGUCCGCGCCUAUUGAGCCAGCCUCCUGCCCCUGCUCCCCCAGGCGCAGCGGCCAAAAUCGCCGAAACGGGCCCCGGUACGACGGUACCCAGCAUUGGAUCCCUUAUGAAUGGAGGCCCGCCGCGCGGCUCUCUACCAUCCAUCGCGGUCCCUCCCGCGGCCAACGGACGCGCCGAAGGCCCGCGAGACAUUCCCAGCGACAAGGUUGGGUUUGGCGGAGAGGAUAUGCGCGCGCUCCGACAACUCGACCGAGUGUUUACUGCAUAAAAUUCCCUGCAACUAUGCAUAUUUAUCCCCACUCAUCUUCUUUUUCAACCGACCAGUUCAAGUUCUCCUUUUCAGAUUGAAAUUCGGGCUUGAUCCUUUACUUUUUGUUUGACUAGCUUUUCUGCAUAAAUGACUUGGUCUUCCUUCGGGAGGGCUCGACCUGAUGGAAUGUUUUCUCAUGAUGGAUUGAUUUUACCCUGUUCAGUUAAUUUGCCUUUUUUCUGAUUGAUCACGGAUCGGCGUUGUACAAGAGGUGCAUAACUCGAUUUCAAGCAUGGGUGGGGCCAUCGUUCUUUGUUAUUAUAUCUUUUAUAUGGUUGUUUACCGGACGAUGAGGAUGGAUUCCGCUCGUCGCAUUGAUGUUGAUAUCAUAUCAUGCAUUUGGAGGGCCGGUUUAGUCUGGUUACUUGGGUACUUUGUCCAGUUGACUACAUUUAUUCAUUUGAGUGACUGCGAUGCAGUACAGGCACAGAUACCAAUUGAUUACAUUGAUGUUC